AACUCCGCUCUUUAAACACAGUGAGAGAAAUAGAGAGAGAGAGAGAGUAGAGUAGAGUAGAGUAGUUGCAUGGCCCUUUUUACAUGACAAGCAACCAAAAAUAAUAUGGCCAUGAUAUGAACAACCACUUUGAAUCUUCAAAGGAGAGAGAGAUCGAGAUCCAUUUCUUUACUUCUUUCGUCCGUUUGUUUUUCUUUUUCCUCCCAAGAUAAAAGAAGCCCAGUUCUUUAUUUUUAGAGAGAGAGAGAAAAAGAAAGAGAGAGAGAGAUGGCGAUGGGGGGAUCAUACAAGGGGAAUGGGAGUAGUUGUGGGCAUAGAGGGAGGCCGUACGGGUUAAUGCUUCUGCUGGCAUUCGGUGCGGCAUUGCUUGGGGUCAUGGUCCUCCACAAGCUCAGAGAGCGCCGCAUCUUCAACCUUCUUCUCAAAGAGAAAGACCGUGACCUCAUUUCACUUCAGCUGCUAUUGCAGAAGGAGAUAAAUCACUCCAAGGAAAUGAAAAGGAAGAACGAGGAGAUGAAAGCCAAGAUAUACUCCCUUAGAACUCAAAAGAUGGAGCUUGACAGAAGGAUUCUAGAGAAGCAGUCUACCAUUGGCUCACUAAAAGACGAACAGAAAGCCAUGGAGUCUGCACUCGAGGAGAAGCAGAAUGAAAUCAAAAUGCUAAGAGUGAAAGAGAUUGAUCCAGGGAAAGAAAAUCCUCAUGUGAUAGCUCUAAUGGAAAGCUUGAAGCAGAAGGAAGCUGAAAUUGAGGAUUUGAAGCACCGUCUUGAAUACCCAGUUAAGGUAUGGUCAUUAAGUGCCGAUGACCCUUCAAACCCGCCUGUGAAUUCAACCAUGAAUGGAAGUCGUGUUGGCGGACAAGCUAACACUGACCUUGUCAGUAUCGCAGAAGAAGGUAAGAAACUGCAUGAAUCCAGAUAUUACAUAGGUGGUGAUAAUUUAAGUACGGUAAGUGAAGAUAGAAGCAAACUUGAAUCGAACAAUUUCAGAGAUCAGUCCGAGACCAAGGAAAGAGUUGAAGAUGGAACUGGAAAUUUAGUUGGUGAUACUGGCCGGAGGGAGAUGAAAAGAGAACAGAUGCAGAAGCAGGGGAAAUUGCUAGAAGAGAAUAUUAAUAAUGGAGGCCAAGCUAUUGAUAAGCCUAUUGAAGAUGGCCAAGGAAGUAAAAAUGAAGAUUCUCAAAAUGGUGGGAGCGAUUUCGAGGGUAGAAGAGAUAAGGAUAUAGAGGUGACAGAAAAACUUCAAAAUUCUCAGGAACCUCGUGAGAUGAUUAAUAAGGGUGGGAUUAAGUCAGAAGAGCCAGACAACUCUGGAAUUAUCGCUAGAAUGAGAGGAAAACAUGGCCAUGUGAGUAAAACGAAGGCAAAGAGAUGGAGAAUGCUUGUGAAAAAUAGGCACAAUGGGCAUCUUGAAAAUAAUGAAGUAGUGAGCAUGAGAAAUAGAAGAUUCUUUAGGGGUGAUCAAGAUGGAUUGAAGGGCAGAAAUGAGGGGGCAGAAAGAGAGGGAGGAGAAAUGGGUGUUGAUAAUCCAAUGGAAGAAAGCAACACUUUUAAUGUUUCAGGUGCCAAAUUGCUGAAGCCUAAGAAUCCUGAUACAAAUCAUCAACGCGAGAUAUUGGAAAAUGCCCAAAAUUCUUUAAAUGUCCAGGUUCUGAAAAAUAGAAGUUCUAACGGUGAAACCAGCAACGAUACAGAUGAUGCUAGAACGCAGAAAUUGGAGGAAGGAAGACGGGCAGAAGAGCACGAAGCCAGUGGUAUUCGACAACAGACAAGCAGCGGUGAUAUUAGUGAAGUAGACGAUAACGCUGAACAAGUAAUUAGAGUCGGCAACACAAACACAAUGCCAGAAGAGUUGGAGGAUGCCAAGGUACAAGAAUCCCAAAUAGUAGCAGCUGAUGGUGAUUUCUUUAAGGAAUCCAAAUCCAAUGCAGAAGGAGAAAAUCAGUACAAAGAAGAAACGGAUGAGUCCGAGUUUUAAUAUUGAACUGUUAAUGCUUUUUAUUUAUGAGGAGUUUUCUACAUGUUUUAUGCUUGCUUA